CCCGGAAUCGCUGGGGAGGGGUGGCGGCGGAGGUGCGACGCUCACCUUGGUGAGCAGAGGCGUGGGCUGCGGGCGCCAUGGUCUUCCUCACGGCGCAGCUCUGGCUGCGGAAUCGCAUCACUGACCGCUACUGGCGGGUCCAGGAGGUGCUGAAGCACGCGCGGCACUUCCGGGGGAGGAAGAAUCGGUGCUACCGGCUGGCCGUCAGGGCUGUGACGCGAGCGUUCGUGCAGUGCACCCGAGCCCGCAGGCUGAAGAAGAGGAACCUGCGGACGCUCUGGAUCAGUCGAGUUACAGCUGCUUCCCAGGAACACGGCCUGAAGUACCCAGCAUUCAUCCUCAACUUGAUUAAGUGCCAGGUGGAGCUCAACAGGAAAGUACUUGCAGAUCUAGCCAUCUACGAACCAAAGACUUUUAAAUCUUUGGCUGCUUUGGCCAAAAGGAGGCGACAGGAAGGAUUUGCUGCUGCCUUGGGGGAUGGGAAGGAGCCCGAAGGCAUUUUUUCCAGGGUGGCACAGCACCUCUGAGGGGGAUGCUGACACCCACUGACUGCCCUUUGAGGCUGAGCAUCUUAGGAAAAGUUUUUUUCUUCCCCCAUGUGAUGAUUAUACUAAAAUAGGGACUAAGAGUUAUUUGUCAACAAUGAGUAAGUUUGACUUGCAUUUGUGUUAAUUUACAUUUCAGUAACAGGCCUGAGAGAAAAGGCCCUAUCUGCCUCUUUUGGCACAGGUUCAGAAAUCUCACAUGGAUUGUGUAAAUAAAAUAUUUGUGUUCUUUGGCA